GGUCGGACCGCGGGUAUCGGAGGUCGCCGGGCCGCCUGCGCCGCCGCCCCUCGCCUGACGCACGCAGGGGCCGGACGCGGUUUGCCGCGAGUGACUGGAGCCCUGCGCGCCGCCGCCGCCGCCCGGGCCCGCUCCGCCCCCAGCCCGCCCUCUCCGCCUCGCCCUCCUCCCGCGUCCCGUUGGCGUCCCCGCGUCCGCUCCCGCCGCCUGGGAGAGCCGGUCCGCAGCGCCAGCGCCGGCCAGACGUGAGGAAGUUGACUGCAGUGAAAUGGAGGCCUCAGUAAUAUUACCCAUUCUGAAGAAAAAACUAGCCUUCCUUUCAGGAGGAAAGGACAGACGAAGUGGCCUCAUUCUGACAAUUCCAUUAUGCUUGGAACAGACAAAUAUGGAUGAGCUGAGUGUCACCUUAGACUAUCUACUCAGCAUUCCAAGUGAAAAGUGUAAGGCUAGAGGAUUUACCGUGAUUGUGGAUGGCAGAAAAUCACAGUGGAAUGUGGUGAAAACGGUAGUCUUAAUGCUACAGAAUGUUGUUCCAGCUGAGGUGUCCCUUGUUUGUGUGGUAAAGCCAGAUGAAUUCUGGGAUAAGAAAGUAACACAUUUUUGCUUUUGGAAAGAAAAGGAUAGACUUGGCUUUGAGGUUAUUUUAGUGUCUGCUAAUAAAUUGACUCGUUAUAUAGAACCAUGUCAGUUAACUGAAGAUUUUGGUGGAAGUCUCACUUACGAUCACAUGGACUGGUUAAAUAAGAGGCUGGUUUUUGAGAAGUUUACAAAGGAAUCUACAUCAUUAUUAGAUGAACUUGCUUUGAUUAACAAUGGAAGUGAUAAAGGAAAUCAAGAGAAAGAAAGGUCUGUGGAUUUAAAUUUCCUUCCAUCAGUUGAUCCUGAAACAGUUCUUCAGACAGGGCAUGAAUUGUUAUCCGAAUUACAGCAACGUCGAUUUAAUGGCUCAGAUGGAGGAGUGUCAUGGUCUCCUAUGGAUGAUGAACUGCUUGCACAGCCACAGGUUAUGAAAUUAUUAGAUUCACUGAGAGAACAAUAUACCCGUUACCAGGAAGUUUGUAGACAACGUAGUAAGCGUACACAACUAGAAGAGAUUCAACAGAAGGUGAUGCAGGUUGUGAACUGGCUUGAAGGACCAGGAUCAGAACAACUUAGAGCCCAGUGGGGGAUUGGAGAUUCCAUUCGGGCUUCGCAGGCCCUACAACAGAAGCACGAAGAAAUCGAGAGCCAGCACAGUGAAUGGUUCGCAGUGUAUGUGGAGCUUAAUCAACAAAUUGCAGCACUCUUAAAUGCUGGGGAUGAGGAAGAUCUUGUGGAGCUGAAGUCCCUGCAGCAACAACUUAGUGAUGUUUGCUAUCGACAGGCCAGUCAACUGGAAUUUAGGCAAAAUCUCUUACAAGCAGCCCUUGAAUUUCAUGGGGUUGCCCAAGAUUUGUCUCAGCAGUUGGAUGGCUUAUUAGGGAUGUUGUGCGUAGAUGUAGCACCAGCUGAUGGAGCAUCGAUUCAGCAAACUUUAAAACUGCUUGAAGAGAAGCUGAAAAGUGUUGAUGUAGGAUUGCAAGGUUUGCGUGAAAAAGGUCAAGGUCUUCUGGAUCAGAUCUCCAAUCAGGCAUCCUGGGCAUAUGGAAAGGAUGUAACCAUUGAAAAUAAAGAAAAUGUGGACCACAUACAAGGAGUGAUGGAAGAUAUGCAGCUUAGGAAACAAAGAUGUGAAGACAUGGUAGAUGUGCGAAGGUUAAAGAUGCUUCAAAUGGUGCAGUUGUUUAAAUGUGAAGAAGAUGCUGCCCAGGCAGUAGAAUGGCUAAGUGAACUUCUGGAUGCUUUGCUUAAGACCCACAUCAGAUUGGGCGAUGAUGCCCAGGAAACAAAAGUUUUACUGGAAAAGCAUAGAAAAUUUGUUGAUGUCGCACAGAGCACUUAUGACUAUGGAAGACAGUUGCUACAGGCCACCGUUGUGUUGUGCCAAUCUUUGCGCUGCACUUCUCGGUCAUCUGGGGAUACACUUCCUCGCCUGAACAGAGUAUGGAAACAAUUUACGAUAGCAUCUGAAGAGAGAGUACAUAGGCUGGAAAUGGCUAUUGCAUUUCACUCAAAUACCGAAAAGAUUUUGCAAGACUGUCCAGAAGAGCCUGAAGCUAUUAAUGAUGAGGAGCAAUUUGAUGAAAUUGAAGCAGUUGGGAAAUCACUUUUGGAUAGAUUAACUGUUCCUGUAGUUUAUCCUGAUGGAACUGAACAAUAUUUUGGGAGUCCAAGUGACAUGGCUUCUACUGCAGAACACAUCAGAGACAGGAUGAAACUAGUUAGUCUCAAAAGACAGCAGCUGAGACAUCCUGAAAUGAUGACUACAGAGAGCUAAUGGCAACCAGCUUCCCACAGAUCUGCGUUCACAAUAAUCCUGCAUGUCAUCGGCAUACUGCAGCAUUAGCCACAAUACAUUAAGAUACAUUUCACAGCCAAGAUAAGCCUCAUUUCUUUUCAUUACACAUUUCUCUCUACAUGUUAACACCUUGCAACUACCAACGCAUAAUUAUUUAACAUGCUUUGAGACCAUAGACUGCAAGUAUCUUAAAAGAAGGAACUAUAAACAUUGCACUGAAAACCUGCUUUAAAGCUUUACCUGACCUGUCAGUUUGUAGAUGAACAACUGAUAAUAAGCUUUGAGUGGUGCUAAUAAGAGUUUAGGAAUUCUCUAUAUAAAAACAAUUGCCCUUCCCAGGUGAUGUAGUAAAUUUAGACUAUAGUAAAAUGGUUAUUAGUAAACAGUGGUGUCCUCAAAAUUUUACUUUUUAAUUUUUCUUCAAAAUUGAUUAUUUUUAUUGUGUCAGUAUGAAGAAAACAUUCAGAUCUUUGAUAUAUCAUAGUCAUUACAAGACAUUUUCCUAUUUGUAUUGAUAAUGUAUUAAAAGUUGUUUGUGCUUAAUAAAAGGCUUCUUUUAAACAUUGUA